AUGGAUCCAAACUCCAGCUUGCUUUCCCCUCCGUCCCGGGCCUGCUCUCACCCAGCGGAACCCUGUAUGGAAGGUGGGAGAAGCCCAACCCUCCGUGGUGGGGGCAGACACUCUUCCUUUCCCUGGAGCCAGGUCCCCAACUCCAGCCUUGCUGACCCUGACUGGUUUUGGGAUGAGCACAUCCAGGCAAAGAGGGCCAGAGUAGAGACCAUUGUCCAAGGCAUGUGCCUCUCCCCUAACCCUCUGAUGCCAGGCAAUGCCCGAGCCAGGGACAGCCCAUGCUGCCCAGAGAAGUCCCGGGAAAGGAAGAGGAAGCAGAGCCUUCCCACGCAGCAAACUCCCCGCAAGCCAGGCCCUGCUGGGAACCAUGGCAGCAGGAAGGGGGGCCCGCGUGUGAGAGAACAGCUUCAUCUACUGAAGCAACAGCUAAGACAUCUGCAAGAGCACAUUCUACUGGCUGCUGAGCGCAGGGACACAGCUCAGGGCCCAGGAGACCCUGAGAAGGAGAGGGGCCCUCAGAGCGUAAAGCAGAGGAAUGGCCAUGGGUCCAGGCCGUGGGCUGUAGACACUGACCACCACCGGGGUCCCAGCAGGGACCUCUCCGAGGUGGAAAAACACAGAGAGUCUGAUGUUGAAUUCCAGCCCGAGGAACCCAGGUUCCUUCCUCCUGGAACACGGGCUUUGCUGGAGAUUCUGAGGAAAGAAUUGAUGGGGGCAGUGUCCCAGGCUGUGGACUCAGUACUACAAAAGGUAUUUCUGGAUCCCCAUGGCCACCUGACUCAGCUAGGAAGAAGUUUCCAGGGGCUGGUGUCAGAGGGGAGAGGCGAGACGUCACCUGAGGGAGGUGCCUAUAGAGAUCCACCUCCUCUGUCCACCUUGCCCAGCAGGGCCCAGGCACCGGCUGGGGUCCCACUGGGAAACUUAGCACUGACCAAGCCUCUAGAUUCUCCUAGGUACCCUGUAUCUCCAAGAAUGAUCCCCAAAUCCUAUCAAGGCCCCCCCACAAACUGUCCCUUGACUGUGCCUUCCCACAUCCAAGAAAAUCAGAUUCUCAGCCAGCUACUGGGUCAGGGACCCAAUGGUCACUGGAGCAGCAGUCUUCUCCAAGACUCAUCCCCUCAAAGUCACUCCUCCUCAGAGGCUGCCCUGCCACCUUGGGGAGCUGUCAAACUGCGGCCGUCGGUUCUGAGCCAGCAGCAGCAUGCCUUGCCCUUCGCUUCCACCCGUUUGGAAAGACUGUCCCUUCUUCCCUCGGUGAAGAUGGAGCAGGGUGACCUGCAGGCUGUCGCUGAUGUACUUCCUUUUUCUUCAGUCCACAUCCAGGAGGGUCUAAAUCCCGGUCACUUGAAGAAGGCCAAGCUAAUGUUUUUCUUCACACGCUACCCCAGCUCCAACCUCCUGAAGGCUUAUUUCCCAGACGUACAGUUCAACCGCUGCAUUACCUCCCAGAUGAUCAAGUGGUUCAGCAACUUUCGCGAGUUCUAUUACAUUCAAAUGGAGAAAUUUGCCCGGCAAGCGAUUUCAGAUGGCGUCACAAAUCCCAAAAUGUUGGUGGUUCUCCGCGACUCUGAACUUUUUCGAGCUCUCAAUAUGCAUUAUAACAAGGGAAAUGACUUUGAGGUCCCAGAUUGCUUCUUGGAAAUUGCCAGCUUGACGUUACAGGAGUUCUUCAGGGCUAUCUCCACAGGGAAAGACUCAGAUCCUUCCUGGAAGAAACCCAUUUAUAAAAUUAUUUCGAAACUGGACAGUGACAUCCCAGAGAUACUAAAAUCUUCCAGCUAUACCCAGGAGCAGUUGCGGAACUAAAAUCCCACACAGUGAGGAGCAACUAGCCAGAGUUUCCUGGGUUUGUCUUAUAUGGCAGUCGAUACAGCUGUAGUCAUAUAAAAAGGCAUAAGGAUAAACCCCCCCCAAUAGGUACUAUUACCAUUUCUGAUAGUUUAUUUCCUUUUCCAGAAUCAUCAGAAGUUUGACAUUAACUAUAAAAUAUAUCCACCAAGUGUAAUGGUGUGUUGGUUGCGUUUUGUAAAAGGAACACCACGGUAUGUUGGAAUCAGAAGCCUUAAAUCUCCACUAUUUCCAAGUGUUGUGACCCUGGGAACUUGCAGGUAUUCUCUGCAUCUAUAAAAUGAGGCUGUAAGGAUUAAAAGAUGAUGUCCUGAAGUACUGUGAAAUGUUACCCACUACGCAAAUGUUAGCUUCCCCCGCCUUUGGCUUUCAGAUAAGGUUGUCUCGUUUUUGUUUUUGUUUUGUUUUGUUUUGACCAAAUUGCUGGUCGUGGUUACCAAUUUAUCAAGCUCCACCUAUUUGCUAGACACUUUCAAAUAUAUUAUCCUUAAGUGUUUUACCCUGAAAAGUAGAUAUUAUCUUCAUUUAAAAAAUAACCAAACAGAAGUUUUAGAACAGUGCAAGGCUAGGGAAUUUUGGUUGGUAAGGACAGUUGGGAGAUGGAGGAACCCAAGACCUUCUGAUGGCCAGAUUGUAUCCUAUCUCACGCUGCUUGUCAUGACCUUGAACAGGCCACCAUCCCCCGUAAGCCUCCAGCACUUGCGAAUGCUUCAUCACCCAGGAUUCCCACUGACCAUUCCAGCAAGCUGAACACAGACUUUCUGCAGGACUUGAGGGUUGCUGUUCAUUCACAUUCGUCGGCUGGAAAAGUUUAUCAGCUGGACAGCCCAAAUGGUCUCUAGUUGACCAAGGCAAUUGAUGCCCUAACCUCCUAUGUGCAGAAGAAGCUGAACUUCAGAAUGUGAAAGCCACCAAGGGCCUUAGGAGAUCAUCUGGCCUGCUUCAAUUAAGAAGGAGGAAACUGAGGCCCAGACGGGAGGCUCGUGCAGCCUGAGCACAGUCUCACAGAUGAUGAAUGCCAUAACCGGGACAAAUACGGCACCACACACAGAAAUGGACGCUGUCCCACUCCGUAAGGAAAUCACAGUCCAUGGUCAAAUUUUCGCAAACAAAGGAAUUCAUGAAAUCAACAUCCCCCUCCUACUGGCCCAGCGCAAAUUGUGACUCACUCUGAGGAUAUAGGCAACACAUCUGCCAAGUCGAGCAAUUGUGUCUGUCUUCUAAGUCAGUCAGAAUCGAGUCUUAGGAAGCACUGUGAAGGGUGUGGGGGCUGGGGAAGGCACAGCUUGGACUCUGUCGUUCUGAGAAAGGGUGUUUGUGACUCCAUUAGCUUCUUUCCCAUCUACGUAAAACAAGUUUCCAUAUU